AGGAGGAGGAGGAAGCAGAAAAUGGCGGACGGUGUUGACCACAUCGAUAUUUACGCUGAUGUAGAAGAAGAGUUUAAUCAGGAAUCAGAUUAUGCUAUUCAUGAUCAGAUUGACCUGUACGAUGAUGUCAUCUCACCAUCUGCCAAUAAUGGGGAUGCCCCAGAGGACCGCGAUUACCUGGAUAACCUGCCUACACCGGGGAACGCUGAGAAUACCAAAGGGGCUCCACCAAAUGUCGUCUACACCUACACUGGCAAAAGGAUCGCUCUGUACAUAGGAAACCUCACAUGGUGGACCACAGAUGAGGAUUUGACAGAUGCGAUUCGCUCGAUAGGCAUCAAUGAUGUGCUGGAGCUCAAGUUUUUUGAAAACAGAGCAAACGGACAGUCUAAAGGGUUUGCUCUGGUCUGUGUGGGUUCUGAUGCCUCUUCAAGGAAGUUGAUGGAUCUGCUGUCUAAACGGGAGCUGCACGGACAAAACCCAAUCGUCACCCCAUGCAAUAAACAGUCGCUCAGCCAGUUUGAGAUGCAGUCACGAAAAAGUACACAGUCGGGGCAGAUGUCAGGAGAGGGUAAGGCCGGGCCCCCAGGUUUGGGGCUACGCAGUGGUUUCCCUCCUGGCAGGGGUCGAGGGCGUUUUCCUGGCACUCCUGGUCCAGGAGGAGACCGUUUCCCGGGCCCGAUUGGACCUGGCGGACCUCCACCACACUUUCCUGGUAUGCCAGGACCACCCCGUCCUCCUGGCGGAGGUCCACCUGGGCCUCCAGGACCUCCUGGCCCCCCUCCACCUGGUCAGGUUCUGCUGCCUCCCCUAUGCGGACCCCCAAACAGAGGAGACCGCCCCCCUCCACCAGUUAUGUUUCCUGGUCAGUUUGGUCAACCUCCAAUGGGUCCAAUGCCUCCUGGCCCACCCCCACAUGGAUUCUGCCCUCCCCCUGGGCCCCCUCCCCCUCAACAGGCCCUUCCCCCUCCAGGACCCUUCCCUCCCCGCCCUCCUGGUCCCUUAGGACCCCCUCUUGGCCUCGCACCACCCCCUCAUAUGCAGGGACCCCCGCCUGGAGGACCCCCACCAGCCCCUCAUGUCAAUCCAGCCUUUUUCCCACCACCCGGAAACAACAACAUGCCAUCGUCCGACAGCAGGGGCCCACCACCCGGCGACCCUUACGGACGUCCGCCUCCAUAUGACCGUGAUUACGGCCCUGGUGGCAGGGACAUGGAUGCGUCCCGCACUCCCCUGAGCGAAGCAGAGUUUGAGGAGAUCAUGAAUCGCAACAGGGCGAUCUCCAGCAGUGCCAUUUCAAGGGCUGUAUCAGAUGCUAGUGCAGCUGAUUAUGGCAGUGCUAUAGAGACUCUCGUGACGGCCAUUUCUCUGAUCAAGCAGUCGAAGGUUUCAGCUGACGACCGCUGUAAAGUUCUCAUCAGUUCACUGCAGGACUGUCUACAUGGAAUCGAGUCCAAAUCCUACGGGUCUGUAUCCAGCAGACGGGAAAGGUCGAGGGAGAGGGACCACAGUCGCUCUCGUGACAAGAGCCGUCGGCACAAAUCUCGCAGCCGAGACCGCCACGAGGACUAUUACAGGGAGCGCAGCCGCGAGAGGGACCGCCAUCGUGAACGUGACCGCGAGAGAGACCGAGAGCGUGAGAGGGAAUAUCGCCACCGUUAGUUGGAGAGUAAGCUGAACGCAAGAGGAGGGGAGGAGACAUCUGGAGCGCCGUGGAUUCAUCCGACAGCUUCCCUCAACACGGAGGCACCUGGACUCCGGCUUCACUCUGCAGGGCUACAAUAGUGUUCUGUAAAAUAUUAUAUAUAUAUACUCACUCUUAAUUCCCUGCAGCUUUUUAUUUUGACUUUUUAUUUGAAAGUAGCUGUGUGCUAAAAGUAAGUUCAGCCUUUUGAUGAAAACUACUUGCCUGCUCUGUUCAAAACACCGAAAACAACUUUCCGACUGCUAUAAUGUGUAAAUUGUCAGUUUGCUAGAUUUGUUUUUAUAGGAUGUUUUUGGUUUCAUAUUUUCUCCCUUUUUCCCCCCUCGUCCAUUUAUAAUGUUUGUAAGUGUCUUAUGCCUUGAUUAUUAAAUAGCACCUGUGUUGUAAUAAA